UCAAAUGUGUGUUAUGUACCUACUUAACCUACGAGUAAAGGGAAACGAGAGAAAUUAAAUUGGAUAUAUCGCGUGGAUUUAUAUCUAUUCACUAAAGCUGUAUUAAAAUCUCAAUACUGUUAAUAACAUAUCGUUCAACAAAAUUUUUAACCACGUAUUUGUUUAGAUUUUUUGCAAGUAUGGUGCAGAAAGGGCCCCGUCCUUUAGUUCUAUGUGGACCUUCAGGUUCGGGCAAAAGUACCCUUUUAAAGCGCCUUCUCAAAGAAUUUCCGGAUAAAUUUGGCUUUAGUGUGUCACAUACUACAAGAAGUCCACGACCGGGUGAAAAAGAUGGUGUUCACUAUCAUUUUACCACAAAAGAUGACAUGGUAGCCGCAAUACAGAGAGGUGAAUUCUUAGAAACGGCCAAUUUCAGUGGAAAUAUGUAUGGUACCAGCAAACAUGCAGUUGAUGAGGUUCGUCGAACUGGCAAGAUCUGUAUCCUGGAUAUCGAGAUUGAAGGCGUAAAGCAGGUGAAGACCACUGAUUUGGAUCCCUUGCUCGUCUUUGUGAUGCCCCCAUCCAUUGAAGAGCUCGAGAGACGCCUGCGGGCCCGUAACACUGAACAUGAAGAAGCCCUGAAAAAACGCCUGGAGACUGCUAAACGCGAAAUAGAGUAUGGAAAAGAGCCAGAGAACUUCCACAUCAUUAUACUGAAUGAUAAUCUCGACAAGGCGUACACAGAACUUCGCGAAUUUAUUGCACAGAAUGUGGAAGAUAAGGAAGAAGGAACAGAAUCCAAUGACUCAAAAUAAAUGCACGGAGUGAAGCAUGCAUGCCACCUUUUGGCUAAUUGAAGGACAUGGAAUGUACCUAACUAAAACAAAAUUAAGUUGGCAUUUUAUGGCUUAUUUGAAUAGAUAAGUUUAAUUGAAGUAACAUUACAUUGAAAGUAUGAUGUUGUGAAAGCUUGUAGUAAAAAAAUCUGACGAUUUUUUAACCACAAGCUUUAACACACACACACACUUUGUUACUUAGAUGGAAAUUUUGUGUUAUCCACCUAAGUUGUCGGUGUAAUCGACUAUACAGGGUAUUGCAAGGCCAUUGCCUACCAUAAAUUAAAUUGCUAAAAUACAACGAGGAAGAGAAGUAAUAUUAUUUAAUUGGAGAGAAACGGAAGGAAUAUGUAUUUAAUACACACCGGAUCAUUUCACUGAUCACGCUCUUAAUCCAGCAUCUAGAAAGCACAUUCCAUUAUUUGUUUGCCUAGCUAAAAAUGCCAAUUUAAAAUUUUUAAUGUUCCUUGAUAUUAUUGUCGUAAAAUCGGUGUUUGUUGUAGAGGUAAUUAAGAAGUCAAUAAUUGCCCCAAAUCAUAAGCAAAAUAACAAUGGUUUGAUAUUCUGAAAUCUACCUCCUAUUAUAUACAUACAUAUAUUAUAUAGUGAAUGCAUUAUUCAGGUUUCGAUCAUUGAAUGGUCAACGAAUAAUAAAAUAUAGCUGAAGCUUAUAAACAUUUUGUAUAUUUUUGGUUACAUUAUUACUAAUGUAACCAAAAAUAUACAAAAUGUUGUGUGUCAAAUAUAAAAAAACAAAAAUCAAUUUGAUUUUUUAUUUAUUAUGUACAAUGUUACCAUUUUCUCAAAUAGAUAAGAUUGUGUUUUGUUGUAUAAACUAUAACGUUAAUAAUAUGUUAUUUGAAACAUAAUUUUAUUUAAUUAAGUUGAACAUUCCACAAGUAUAGAACUAUUUACUUGACAUUUAGUUCACAGUGUUAACAGUGCCAAAUGUUCAAAUUGUCAACUAUGCACUCUCAGGGUUAUAAUAAUAAUAAACAUUUGACUGGUGGUUAUUAAUGGUAACAAAUAGAAGCGGUACAGGUUUUGUUGUUUUUUUUUUUAGAUUUCGUACGUUGUAUCGCAUAAAGAGCGAAAAUAAAUUUCGUGAAACAGGUAACUUGCAACAGGUGAUCCCAUACAACUCCGAAAUAUUUAAUUUUAUUUUAUAAAAUAAGCCUGUGUAACAAUUUGUGUGGAAUUGCAUAUUUUUGCUGUAGUUUACAUAUUUGUUCCUGAAACCAGCUUUAAUACGCAAUGUUUUAAUAAAAUAACUUUGUUUAGUGCUGAAAAUAACUGCUUUCUAUUGUUUUUAUAAAUCAAAAGAUUUGCAUUUAACAAUUAUUAUAAUUAUUAAAAAAUUAAUAUUGAAUUAAAGUAGUUAGUACCCUACUUUAAUUUUUACCGAAGUAUGCUAUACUUUCAUAAGUUGUGCUUAUCUGAAUAUAGAAAUACCUACUAGAUUUCAAUAGAUUUUACAUGGUCAUAUAGUGAAACUUAUCAGUUUGACUGUGCUGUAAUAUAGAACACACAUAGAAAAGUAUACCAUCUUUGCAUCCUAGGUUGAACACUUUUCUAUUUUAUCCAUUAUUUUACCUUAUAACGUACAUCAUGUAUGUGUUAACGCUAGUCUGUAAGGUCCCUGUUAGAAAUCUCGUGUAUAUAUUUUGUUCUCAAUGUUGUUCCAAUGUCUAUAUAUAUGAUUGACAAAUCUUUAUAUGUAUCGUACUAAAUUUAGUGUUUUAGAAUUUUAGCAUAAAGUAGGAAGUAUUUUGAAAGUAGAUGAAUAAUCACAAAUUGAAGCAAAAGAAUAUGGGUUAAUGAAGAAAUAAAGUUUAGUGAAAAUUAUCAUUUUACUGUUUUGUUUUUCUAGCUCUGCGUGGACUGUAAAUCAGCUGCAAGGCAACCAGAGUCGCAGAUUACGCCUAAUUAGCUGUAAGAGUAACUGCUGUCUAUAUAUUUUAUGCAGGGCUUAUAAUUUGUAUUCAUUAACAAAAUUGUUUAUUUAUUUCGACUUUAUAAAAUCAUUCCAAUUUUUUUUUUGCAAUGCUGCAGCAAGUAUUUUUAAUUUUAUAUUAAUUUACAUGACAGUAAUAUACCUAGUAGUAUGUGCUAGGAUGGAUAUGCUUCCUCAAGUAAAAUGUUAUCUUCUUUCAAUGUUAUAUGGCUUUCGGCUGUUUUGGCAAUAAGUUAUUAUAAGGUUUAGAUUGAAACUAUUUUGGUGUUUUUGUUACUAUAAAUGAAUAAAAUCAUACCAAUACUAUUCCUACAA